AUGGGCACCUUUACAUAUGAGGCAAAAGCACAACUAGUGUCGAAGAAGCCCCUCUAUCCCUUACAUGUGAAUCUGCAGCAUCAGCCAAGGUUAGAACGUUUUACCUCCCAGCUCGGUUUCAGUGACCGUGAAAUGACCUACAUAGAAUUACCUAUCCCGCUUAAGCUAAAACACUACGUUUACCACAUUCUUGCUGAUCAAGUCGCCUGUGGGCUCAAUUUUACUUGCAUUAUUGGAAAUGAAAAAGUGACUUUUGGCAUUUUCAAGACUGAUGAGGAGGAAGAAGAAGGAAAAGAAGAAGCCCAAGAGGAAGCUAAAGACAAAGUAGAAGACCCUUUUGACUAUGAAAUAGCAGAUGAUGACUGCAAGCCUACAAAGGCAGCUCUUGAUAAUUUGAGAUCUCCUAAAACAAGCGUAUCUUUAGAAGAAAUCAUAAUUGUUGGAAAGCAUCUGAAGUGUGAAAUAGCCGGGCAUUUGAGUGAACACAAACAUAUGUGAAUGAAAAUGAUGUGGAUAUCGGCCCAAUCUUUGAGCUUUAGUAGCCGGCGCCUUAUUUGGCAGAGGACAUUGACAAAAAAUCAUGGACCCGGAUCGAGGUUUUACUGACGCAGGUUGAGUUGCGAUGCUUAUCUGAUCAGCCAAAGUCUAAUCCUGAGGUAA